UGCAUGUGUGCAUGUGUUUAAUGCACUGUUUGUCACACAUGCACUCAGACUUCCUCUUCAUUGUUUCAUGACGUGUCUGAAUGAAAAGAGAAAGUAAAAGUAAAUAUCGCUUAUUCACUCUCACUCGACGCUGCCGCGGCAUUUUCAACGCAUUUAACCUCGUGAAUCUCGAAGUUGUGUCUGUAAAUGCAGACAGAUUGAGUUCAUAAAGUUAAAGAAGUGCUUUUAAGAGUUUCUCAGGAUGUCUCGCGGUUCAAACGCUGGAUUUGAUCGACACAUCACCAUCUUCUCACCUGAGGGCCGAUUAUAUCAAGUCGAGUAUGCCUUCAAAGCGAUCACUCAGAGCGGCCUGACGUCUGUGGGCAUCAGAGGAAAUGACUGCGCUGUGGUCGUCACACAGAAGAAAGUUCCGGAUGCACUCCUGGAUGCAUCGACUGUAACAAACAUGUUCCGACUCACUCCACGGAUCGGAUGCGUCAUGACAGGACACUACGCUGACAGUCGUUCUCAGGUGCAUCGGGCUCAGGUGGAGGCCGGCGAGUGGAAAUAUAAGUAUGGUUAUGACAUCACAGCGGACAUGUUGUGUCGUCGUAUGGCGGAUAUCUCGGAGGUGUACACACAGAACGCAGAGAUGAGGCCGCUCGGCUGCUGUAUGAUUCUGAUCGCUAUGGAUCCGAAACUGGGACCCCUCCUCUAUAAAUGUGACCCUGCCGGGUAUUUCUGCGGGUUCCGGGCGACGAGUGUUGGGAUGAAACACAUGGAGGCAAACAGCUACCUGGAGAAAAAACUCAAGAAACAGCCUGAGCUGUCCUUCAACACGACUGUAGAGAUGGCGAUCUUGUGUUUAUCCUCUGUUCUGUCCAUGGACUUUAAAUGCAGUGAGCUGGAGGUGGGCGUCGUCACCAAGGAAAAACCCAAAUUCAGGACUCUAACUGAGGCAGAAAUCGAGUCUCAUCUGACAGCGAUCGCGAGAGAGAAUAGUCUGUCGGGUUAUCGACUUCGAUCACACAUCUGAAACUCAUAAAGAACCAGCUGAUUGAACCAGUGUGUCUGUUACUCAAUUUAUAAACCAGCAGACUUUAUCAAAUAAAUCAUUUUA